AUGUUAGAAUCUAAAAAAAAUAAUACUAGCAUCAAUAACAAAAAUGAAUCAAGUUCCUUGAAAAACAACUCAUACACUCAGGUGGGCGUUAGAAGCCUUAUGUCUCGUAGAACUCCUUCUAUUUUAGUCACAGAUUCGAGAAAUAUUCAAAAUAGAAGAAAUGCUCCCUUUGCAGGGCAUGCAGCAGGGUUGAGCAGCAUGAAUUCCAAAAAGUUCUUUACCACCUCUAAAACAACAAAGCCUAAAUUAGCGUCUACCAGACUAGAACCAUCAAUGUCAGCACCACAACAUUCACCUGAACUUCCGCCUUCAUCCAACUAUUCUAGGAUUAUGAAAUCGCAUAAUGAUAUCAACGCUGGUUUACAAAACAUAAGACGAGCCUCCUUUGGUGAUGGCCAAAAUAGAGUGCCUAGAAAAUUAUCUUAUAGUAAUACCAAACAUAGAAAGCGUGGAAGCGGUCAGCUAAAUGAUAUUAGUAUGGAUAGUAUUUUAUCCGAUGUUUCUGAUAUUCCUUCAGGCAGACCUGAAGAAAGAUUAAGGCUUCCAUAUUAUGGUAAAAUGUAUUCUAAAUUUUCUAAUCCGAGAACUUCAAAAACAUCUGAAAAACUAGUUUUAAUUCCAGACGAUACAGUCACUAAUAUAGGACACGUUGGUAAACCUGUAAGCUCUUAUUUUAAAAAGUCUGCAUCAUUGGAGUUGAAAAAAGACUUUUCGGAAUAUGCCAGAAUUACAGCAUACAAUAUUUCUGAUGCUUUGAAUUUAACUCUACUUCGUUCAUUUUUAAAAAAAACACAUGAAGUGUCACCAAGACUAUAUGACGAAUGUUUAUAUGCACCAUACUGUUUGCCCCUUUUAACUGGUAAAGAUGGAUUUAGAAUUAGAUCGAAUUUAUCUAAAACCUUAAAGGACGGCAAAACUUUUAUAGAUAAACUUAUCGACACAAGCGAACAGAGAGAUCACCAUUAUGAAUAUUAUUCUGGUAUUGAAACCGUUGAGGAUAAGAAUAAUAACUUUGCCAUUAAUGAUAAUAAUUUGAGCUCAGAUAUUAAGACUAAUAAUCAUGCUGAUGUUAUAACGCCAAAGAACUGCGCAUUAAAUAACGUUGAAAUGGCUGUAAAAACCCCCCGUGGCAAUGAUGCUUUUAAAAAACAGUCAAUCAGCAACAGCAAUGGCGAUGGUAGUAAUAUCAAUAGCAAUCGGAACAAUAUUAAUAGCAAUAGCAAUAGCAAUAAUAAUAGCACUACUCAUAAAACCCCCAAUAGCAAUAACAGCAUUAUUAAUAGUAGCAACAACAGUAGCAACGCUAAUAAUGACGGUAAUACAAAGCAACUGCCCACUUCAGAAUUUGAUCCGAGUGAACCACAAUUUUUUGCAGAAGAAGAUCCGGAUCAGGACAGCUUGUCGUUUCUAGCAAAGACCCAAUCUGAAUCACCCCCUGUUUUAACACAAAGUCAACAAUUAGAAGUUGAAUUGCUAAAGCGAAGGCACGCGGAAGUUUUCAUUUUCAAUUAUGGGGUGGUAGUUUUUUGGAAUUUCACUGAAGAUCAGGAGAAAAAUAUAUUGGCCGAUAUACAAUUUUCUGCCAACUAUGAUAGGAUGGUUAUAAAUCCGAGUGAUCAAAAAAACAUAGAAAUUGAGGAAUUUGCAUUUGAAUAUGAUAAAAAUGUUGAAAGACCUAGAAUUUUAAAUGAUGUAAUAACUUUAAGAUCUGGUGAUCAUAUCAUAAAAUUAACUUUAUCCCAUGCAAUAGCCCAAUCGUGUAAGCUAUCAAAAUUUGAAACAAGACUACUUCCUAUUUUGCACACAGUGACCAAAUUACCUAGACGAUUGGCCUUAUAUGGUAGGCUUGGCAUGACAAGACAAAAAUUAUUAAAAAAAUUCGGUAAGUUAUUUAAAUUAAGGGUUGAUGUAAAUUUGUCUUCAAAUAUUUUAGACACUCCUGAAUUUUUUUGGUCUUUUGAACCAAGUUUAGAUCCGCUCUAUAGUGCAAUGCGUGAUUACUUGGAAAUUGCUGAACGAGUUCAAGUAUUAAAUGACAAGUGCAAAGUUUUUCUAGAAUUUGUUGAUAUUUGCGUGGACUCUAUAGCCGAGAAAAACAUGACAAGAAUUACCUGGUGGUUUAUUGUGAUUAUUUUUGUAAGCGUCUUGGUUUCUAUAUUAGAGAUUUUGAUUCGUUAUUUGAUUAUAAGAACAAAUAAAAGUUAA